GGCUCACUUCGGCACAGGCAGCGAGCCAGUCAGCAGCAGGUAAACAAACCUAUCUCACAGGGAAACAAAGCGUCUGCGCUGCUUUUGCUUUGUUGCAUUCGUAAUGAUGAAAAGGAUGACAUUAGAAUUAGAUAUACCUUUUCUUGUCACAGGUUAAUUACAAUUAGAAAAAAAAGCGGAAUUGUGUUUGAGCAGCGACGUAGCGUCGACGACCAAAACAGUAGUUCGUGUGUUAAACCUGCAGCAGAAGAGGAGAGGCUGGUGUCUUCACAUGAUGCAUUGCAGCACUUCGGAGAAAAUGGGAGAUUUUAGCCGUAUCCUCAGACUAGACUGUCUGAUUAGAGAUGUCGGCUGGCUUCUUUAGCUACCGUGCAAGACUAGAUCCGUGCUGGACUCCAGACGCAGCGUCCCAUGUGGUGCAACAUGGGCCCCAUCAUGCAGGAGCGCACGGCUUGCACAACACUGAAGCGCGUCGUUUCCAAGGAGAAGAUACGAGUUAAGAAUACCGAAAAUAGCGGGCCACUUACCAGCUCAAAGAAAUGUAACAAGACCACGAAAGCAAUGAGCCAAAUGAAAAAUGGUCUCCCGGGACCAGAUAAGGAUAAGGACACAGCAGCCCUACAGAGGGGUGCUCAGUCUAAAGGUGGCAGGAUAAAGUCAGGUGCGUCUCAAAAUGCAAGCAAACUCUCAAGCCCUGAAGCAGAAGGAGACUUUAGACCUCAACUUCGCAAGCAGUCAUCUGCACACAGGAAAGAGGAGAAACGAGAAAAUCAGCGGCUGUCACCGUGCGGCACGGAGCUCCUCCCAAAUCGUCAGGGGAUGGGAAAAAAUCGUAGAGCGCUCUCUCUGCCUAUUUCUCCAAUAUCAGGGCUACGGAUGUCGCCAUCCCACCCGCUAAUGCAUUCCCCAGCUCCGACCCCAGAAGCACUGCAGCAUCACUACAACAACAAGGAAGGACGACUCUGACAGCGCUAGUGAUCUGUCAGACUCUGAGCGGCUGCCUGUUUUGCCCUCGCCGUGCACCCCGUGCACCCCGCCCCACCUCAACCUGCGGGCGGAGAUCAUUAACACUAACGACUUCCUCCCAGAUAUUCCAGGACCCCAUGGGAUGGCGGGGGACGAAGAUGACAGUGAGAAACCCGCGUACACAUACUCUGAUUUCCUGCCUCCUCCCUUCAACUUGCUGGAGCCUGAGACAGCUGGCGGUGUUUCUUCACACAGAGGGUCGCGGCGCGCCCCGACCCAAGCCUGUGGGGCCCUUAGAGAAGUACCUGGAGAGGCUGCUGCAGCUGGAGUGGCUUCAAAUCCAAACGGUGCAAGCAGAGAGCAGCCGCCCCCCAGGGGGUCGCACAAGACCACAGAGCUUCCCUUCUUCCACGGCCUCGCACUCGGCCAGACCUCACACCGCACCAUCUUCCCGACUCAACUCCCCCAAAGGGUUGCGGCACGGCUCGCGAGCCUUCCCUUUCACACCUGUUAACAACCCGCCAUCUCCUGCCUCAGCCCAGCAACAGCUCUCCCGCUUUCCAGUGUGUCCGCACUGUCACAUGCGCUACCCUGUCUGCAACGGAAGCUGCUCUGCCUACGCCUACCAGCGCCACUCGCGGCUCAGCCCAUUGCUUGAGCGCAGGGCGCGCCCAGGAGCAGCGGCGAAGCGGAGCAGCAGCGAGACCCGAGCCGCCUCCUCUGAAGGUAUUAGCCCUGGAGCACAAGGCGGAGGGGGAGGGGCCCGAACACCAGUUAGCCCCUCAGCUGGGAGGAGUCAUCUCAGGCACAUGCAGGCUGCGGGCAACACCCGGAAACAACCCCAGGAAGCCGGCACUAACCAAAAGGGCAGAGGGCAGGUGAGGAAAAGCCGCGUCAGAGCCAACUCUGAGACAGAUGUGAAGAAGGAGCCCAGUGGGAUCAAAGGUGCUGCCACCGAGAAACGGGGACAUCCCGGAAGCAAGAGAGAGCUCAUCACUUCCAAAAGAGACGAGAGGGACUGUCAGAGGGCUGAGGUGGGAAGUCAGGCCUCUAAAACUGCCACGAAAAGAGCUGCUAAAGACCCAGCGAGUCUCUCCAAAGCUCCACCUAGCACCCACAGCAUUCCUAAACAAAAUGGCAAAACAAAAAAUGUGCACUUUGUUGCUAAGUAACCCCUAUAGGCCUGAAGUAUAUUGCUUUAGUGAGUGGUUACUUGGUAAAAAAAAUCCUAAACCUAUGCUUGCUUUGUGUAAAAUCUGUGUAAAACUAACAUGCUCUAACUCUUAUACAGCAGGAUGCACACAGCCUUUAAACCGUAGACAUGGUCUGUCAUUCAUCAACUAGUAGAGAAUAAUAGGAUAGUACAGGUGUGUCCUAAUAAAUUUUAAUAUCCUCAAAAAAUUUCUUUAUUUCACAAAUUUAGAAAGUAAAAUUAAUUUUACAAAGAUUAAUGACAGAUUGCAUACAUUUUCAAACCAUGUUCUUUGCUUCCACAUAAUUUUCCUUUUGUGUCUUACCCAGAAGGCGGUCCUUUUGGUGGACUUUCUGCUGGACAAUUGUCCAGUUGGUGGUCUUACCCAUGAUUGUGUUGUCCAUGAGUGUCUAUUUGGAAAUAAUUUCCGUAGCUAAUAUUCAGAUUCUGUGAGAAACUGAAUUUUGAGUUUUUAUGAGUUGCAAGCCACAGUCUCUCAUCAGUCACGAGUUUCGCUCGUAUAAAACUACUGAAAUAAAUAAACUCUCCAACGAUAUUCUAAUUUUAUUAAGGCAUCUGUAUUUUUGGCAUUUGUUUAAAAAAAAAUGUAGAAUUAAAAGCGUAAUGCUGAGCUCUGCUUAAACAUGAGGUUCAGUAUCAACAUAGAGACAGCUCUGAAUUUUAAUGCACUGCACUGUCAUCCCUCCGUUCUCUACUAAUGUUAAAAUAGAUAUAGGAUAAAUGAAAACAGAUACGAGCAUAAAUAAGGCAUAAUGAUAUUUAGUACAAGUCAUAGCAUUUCAUAAAAUACUCAAGCAGCUUUUGAUGUUUGAAUGUAUUUUUGUUUUAUGUUGUUUUUUUAAAAUUAUAAUUCUUUUGUGACUCGUGUUUUAAACGUUUAAGCGUCUCUUCAGCAAAAAAGAUACGCACUGGAUCACCUUGUGACUUUGGGAUGUACUGUUUUUUCACCACUCUGUCAGCUUUUUUUUUGUUUUUGUUACAAGGGCUUUGCAUUGUCGAAAAGCUUGAAUUGUAGUUUACAUUAACUUGAUGUAUUUUGCAUAGAGCUGAGGUCGUCUCGUCACUGAAGGCGGUGGAUUGUUUGCUACGAAUGUAAAUGCGUAUUUUUCCAGAAUUUCUAUACCAUAGCUAUAUUUAUGAGAUGUCGUUGUGGUCGACUUUUAUUUAUUUUGGUCAUCUACAUGUUUACAUUGUGUCUAACUUAAAAAAAAAAAAAAAAAGAGGAAUUGUUUUGUAGAAGAGCUGAAUGUAAUUUCUCUGGCCUCUGCAGUCAUCCCAAUUAUUUGAAUGGAGCUUUGACACAUCAUGGCCGCUGGGCUGUAACUGGGUGAUGGUGGACAAAUCACCUCCACAUUCCACUACAUACUUAAUGUCUGUAAGGCAAUGUUAAUAUUACAGCGCUUUGUCUGUUUUAUAGUUUGAUUUAAAUGUUCAAAGCACUCAAAUUAAUGUAGAUGUGACGUACUAUGACUGCACUCACUGAAUAUAUAUUUAUGUAAAAUGUCAAAGCCAUAGUGAAGGGGCCAGGACAGACGAAUAUUGUUCAUGUGUACACUAUACACUACGUUGAAAGAUUGUGGUAUUUUUCUCAGUGUUGGAUGCGAGUAUUUGUAAGGCAUAGAAAUAAAUGUUUUGGACGCAAGAAAACA